AUGGAAAUUAGCGUGCUCACGGCGAAAAGCACUCCGUACAUGAUCGGCCAGCUGUUCCAGGUUGAGCUUGAAUCCACUUUCACGCAGAACAGGCUCCUUCUGGAACAGCUGCUCAGGCAGAAUUACUUCCAGCUUAUGACCAGGCUUCUCUGGCAAUCCUCUCCGUCCAGCGAGUCAGUGGUCCAGGGCAGGGGGAAUCAGGGUCGCUGCAGCGGAGAGCAAGCGGUGGUGCGCAGUGUGCAGGCGGGCAUCCUCUUCUAG